AUGGGUCAAGAGGAUGGAGUCACGCUAAGCGUGCAAAAGUCCUUCGAGGGGCCAACAACCGAGAAGGCAGGUACCGUGCAGGACAAGCAGGAUAUGUGGCGUGUCGGUCGGGACCAGGAAUUGAACAGAAACUUCCGCUUUCUUUCCGUUUUGGGAUUUACCGCGGUACUUAUGUGCACAUGGGAGGCUGUUCUCUUUGGUUCAUCUUAUGGCUUGGUUGAUGGCGGCAAAGGAGGUAUGAUCUAUACCUACCUAGGUGGCUUGGCAGGGUUCAGCUUUGUUAUUCUGUCUAUGGCUGAGAUGGCUUCUAUGGCCCCUACCUCUGGUGGUCAGUACCACUGGGUGUCGGAAUUUGCACCUCCUAGCUCCCAGGCCAUACUGAGCUACAUCACAGGCUGGAUCUGUGUACUGGGCUGGCAUACUGGUAUUGCAGGAUGUUGCUACACAGUUGCUAACAUGAUUGUUGGCUUGCUUGCUAUCAACUACCCUGACUCGUAUGACUAUAAACCGUGGCAUGUCACCCUGCUGGUCAUUGCAGUGGCAGUGAUCGCCAUAUUGUUCAAUACCUUCCUGGCACAGAAGCUUCCCUUAAUCGAGGGUAUCAUUCUCAUCGUCCACGUGUUCGGGUUCUUUGGUAUUUUGAUCCCUCUGUGGGUACUUUCACCCAAGGUCCCGAACUCUGAAGUAUGGGGAUCCAUCGAAGAUCGAGGUGGAUGGGGUAACAAUGGAUUAUCUUGCUUGGUUGGAUUAAUUGGUCCUAUCUACGCUCUCAUCGGACCUGAUUCUGCUGUUCAUAUGGCUGAGGAAAUCCGAGAUGCAUCUCGCGUUCUUCCUAAGGGCAUGCUCUGGACUUUAAUUCUCAAUGGAUCUACUGGUUUUGUCAUGAUCGUCACCUUCGCCUACUGCGUUGGUGAAAUUGACCAAAUUCUCGAGACUGAGACCGGCUUUCCCUUCAUCCAAGUCUUCCUCAAUGCAACUGGAUCAACCAGAGCCGCGACCGGUAUGACAGUCAUUAUUAUGAUUAUGCAGUUCUGUGCAGCAAUCAGUAACGUUGCUACUACAUCUCGUCAAAUCUAUUCUUUUGCUCGAGACCGUGGUGUUCCCUUUUCGGACUUCUUUUCACGGGUCAACAAAACCUUUACAGUCCCCCUUAAUGCCCUCUGCGUCAGUUUUGUCAUUGUCUCUCUCCUCUCCCUAAUCAAUAUCGGAUCCUCAGUAGCUUUCAACGCUAUCAUGGCACUCGGCACCGCCGCCCUGCUCUCAUCCUAUAUUAUCUCAAUCUCCUGUGUCCGUCUUCGACGCUGGCGUAAUCAGCCUUUACCUCCCGCACGGUGGAGUAUGGGCAAGUUCACUCCGAUCUGUGACACCAUCUCUAUCCUCGUUCUGCUGGUUAUCUUUGUUUUCAGUUUCUUCCCCACGAAUAAUCACCCCAAUGCCUCUGAGAUGAACUUUGCUAUCGCCAUAUAUGGAGGUGUUAUUAUUAUUGCCAUGGGUUACUAUGGGAUUCAUGGUAGGAAGACAUAUAAGGGACCGGUGACUCGAGUGCGGACUAUGCAGUAG